CGAUAUUUGAAAAUAAAAAUAGUAACUGAGCGAACAACAGGAGCGUUUCAAAUGAAAUUUUGGAGAAUAUUUACGAUUGGAAAGAAGACAAGUGAAAUUAAAUUUGAGUAUUUCUCGCUGGAAUAGAAAAUGACUUCAAGAAACACGUUUUUCUCCAGGACAUCAGGAACUGACUCCUUCUUUGGAAAUCCGAAGAAAACAGCUGUCAGACCGAUAACUCCAGAAAGUUUCGGGAGUGAGGACUCGGAAGACAAACUUACAAGACAACAACAUGCCUGUAUUAACAACCUUGGAAUGGCUGCUGCAUUCUUCUUGCCAAUGGCUUUGAUUGCGGCUGCUGUUGGCAUGGGUACAGGCUACUGGUUUAACAUUCAACAUUACUAUGUUGGUUUGUUCCAACGGUGUGACAACUGGACUCAGAUCUGCCAGUCGGUUUCGAAUUUUUAUGAUGAAAAUGACACAGAUAAAAUGAAGACAACUUGGACGAUAGGCGUGCCGCUGUUGUUCACUGGCAUUGCUGUAUUUACAAUAGCUCUUAUGGCACUUGUAUGUUACCCGUGCCACAGGAAAAUCAACUUCAGUAAAAUUGCAUGCGCAGUAACGAUUGGGGUGAUAUUAUUAUUGGGAUUUUUGACUUUUGCUGGAGGUUUCGCACUGUUUGCAUUGUACGCGGCGUCAAAUACGAACAGUGCGACAAUGAUGUGGUCGUUUUAUUGUGCGAUAGGAGGAGUUGCGUUUGGUUUCAUAGCUACUAUUCUCUUCUGGGUACAUAUGUUUUACACUGGAUGUUUUGAAUGACAUACUCCAUCACAACGGAAGACAUUGCUGGCAUGUACAACUGAGUGUACCAGUUUAAUACAAAAUCAUGCCUACAUUGUUCAGACAACAUCAUAAAAACUGAAUGGAAUGUACGAUUGUUAUUUUGGCAUUAGUUAUUGUGUUAAACGUUUUGUUGCUUUAUUUAUUUUAUUAUUAGAAACUGAUCUGAUUGUGCCGGUCACAUCAGAUUUUCAUUUUGUUAAUUAUAACCAUUUAGGAAUUCUGGGGCAACUAGAAAGAUGUUAUUAUAUUACCCAUAAUUCUAAUUUAACACUAAGGGACUGUUCUUCCCGUUUAAUAUACCCCUGGUUGAGAAAAUUUCGUGAAUUAAAAAUAAUUUGGCACUUGCAAGCUUAAAACAGGAACAAAAGUUGAUUAUUAACAGUCAAAAUUCAAGAAUUUAGUAUUCAUUAAUUGGCUUACUACUAAACUAAGAAGAAACUAAAGUUUAUAAAAAGAAAAUAUCUACGGGUCUUUAUGCCUUGGAGUUCAUAUUCCCUCCUUCUAGACCUCUUAAAGGUUUGUUUUUCGAAACUGGGAAUGAUAAUCUCAUAGAUGUGUUCAUAAUUUAUAAUUUAGGAGCUCUUGCUCAGUCAAACCCAAAGUUACUAACUAAAGAAAAUAAUGCCCGCUCCAAAACUUUAGCAUAUGUUGACAGAAAUAAAACAAAAUUUGGCUUAAUAUAGAUAAAAAAAAACAGGUAGGGAUUGCUUGUAAGCCCAGUGGGGUUCAGGUCAAGGUCACAUUUAUUAAUAUUUGCAGCUGUAAGAAAGUUCCAUCACCGUCGAGAUGCACGUUUUGAAUGCAGGAAAAUCAAAGGCUUCAUUUCCCGAUGGUGAAUUAGAAAUUAGCCAUUUGAGUCAGUCCGGCCAUGCCAAGGCGAAUAUAACUAAAUACUUUAAUUUUGAAGGCUACGUUUCAAAGUUCCAUUGAGUACAAGUGGUCCAAUGCGUUAUUUUGAAUAUAAAAUUAUUAUGGAUAGCCAUUCACAGCGGAUCAAUAUGGGGCCAGUCUGAUCAAGGUCAAUAUUACUAAAUCUUGGAAUCUUAAAAUCCAGCGGUUUAAUACUUGAAUAUUUUUUUAACUCUGAUAUAUUUUCUUUCUGUACUUACUGUUUUCACACUUCUAUAAUGAUGAAGCUAUUGGAGAGUUGUAAAAGAUAUUUUAUAAAAUUAUAGAUCAUAAAAAUGUAACAGGAAGUGACAAUUCAAUGAUCCGAAUAACUUCCUUAUUAGAUGCCUUGUAAGUACUUAACAGUACUGAUGUAAAAGGCAAACUGAAAUAGUUCCUCAUAUUCAGAUAUGUUCCUUACUUUUUAGCUCUAUAAAAUGAUUCAAAUCAAAAUUUUGAAGUAAAGUAACUGCAACUUAACGUUACCUCUUUUCUUUAAACAUGAGUAAUUUGAUUUUGGUCAAAUAAUGGAUUUGUUCCAGGCAUUUAUAUCUGAUCAUUUACACUUACAAAAAUAACUUUAAAAACGCUUAAUACACAUAUGGCAAUAAUUUCCUUCUUGCAGCCUGAAUGCCAAUAAUUUGAUAUUCAUUUAUCAUUGUUCAUUAAAUCUGAUCCAGUAUCUUUUGUAAUACUAAAAGUGUGAUCAUUGUCUGAUCUAAACGUGAGACUCGUAUUGAUGUCAUAUAACAUUCCCAGCAACUUAAUUUAUCAUAUACUAGAGUUGAUUAUUACUUCAUUAACAACCAAUUUUCUUUUUUGAAGACAUUUUCUUUAUCAAAUGUAUUAUCAACCGUUCAUACAGACAUAUAUUUAUCAAAAUCAUUAAAAUACUGUCAACA